AAAAUAAAAUUUGUUAACGUGAUGUCACAGGUAGAUUAGAUUCGAACACAAGACAAACAGGAGAAAUCCUCAUCAAUGGUCGAAGACAAUCACUUGCUUUUGGCACUUCGGCAUACGUGACACAAGAUGACACGUUGAUGACAACCCUAACAGUAAAAGAAGCAAUAUACUAUUCAGCCCAACUCCAAUUACCUGAUUCGAUGUCGAUAUCAGAGAAGAGAGAAAGGGGUGAAGAAACAAUAAGAGAAAUGGGAUUACAAGAUGCAAUGAAUACAAGAAUUGGUGGAUGGAGUGUUAAAGGGCUAAGUGGUGGACAAAAAAGAAGAGUUAGUAUUUGUAUUGAAAUAUUAAAAAGGCCCAAAUUAUUGUUUCUUGAUGAACCAACAAGUGGACUUGAUAGUGCUGCUUCUUAUCAUGUUAUGAAUAAAAUUGUUCAAUUGGCUAAACAAGAUGGAAGAACUAUUGUUGCUUCUAUUCAUCAACCAAGUAGUGAAGUGUUUCAACUUUUUCACAAUCUUUGCCUUUUGUCAUCUGGAAGAAUUGUAUACUUUGGUAACAUUUCUAAUGCUAAUGAGUAUUUUGCUUUGAAUGGUUUUCCAUGUCCAACAAUGAGGAAUCCAUCGGAUCAUUAUCUAAGGACAAUCAACAAGGACUUUGAUAUUGAUAUUGAAAAAGGAGUUGGUGGAAAAGCUACUGCUACAGAAGCAAUUGAUAUUCUUGUGAAGUCAUACAAGACUUCACAGGGUUGUCAACAAGUUCAACGUAAAGUGUUAGAAAUUUGCCAACAGAGUGGAGGAGAAGAGGCAGAAAAAGGGCGUCAAGCAGGUUUUAUUACUCAAUGUAUGGUUCUCACGAGGAGGUCUUUUGUGAACAUGUAUCGUGAUCUUGGUUAUUACUGGCUACGUUUUGCAAUUUAUAUUGCUUUGUGUUUGUGUGUUGGAACUAUUUUUCAUGAUAUUGGACAUGACUAUGGGUCCAUUCAGGCUAGAGGUUCCAUGUUGAUGUUUGUUGCUGCCUUCUUGACUUUUAUGGCUAUUGGUGGAUUCCCUUCAUUUGUUGAAGAUAUGAAAAUUUUCACUCGAGAAAGAUUAAAUGGACACUAUGGUGUAGCUGCAUAUGUGGUGGGAAAUACAUUUUCUUCGAUUCCUUACCUCAUAUUAAUCUCAGUUAUACCAGGCGCUAUCGCUUAUUACCUCGUCGGAUUACAAAAGGGGUUUGAUCAUUUUGCGUAUUUUUCACUAGUACUUUUUGCGACCAUGAUGUUAGUCGAGAGCCUCAUGAUGAUUGUAGCAAGCAUUGUCCCUGACUUCCUCAUGGGAAUCAUAACAGGAGCUGGAAUUCAAGGUGUCAUGAUGCUUAAUGGAGGUUUUUUCAGAUUGCCUAAUGAUCUUCCUAAGCCAUUUUGGAAGUACCCAAUGUAUUACAUUGCAUUUCAUAAAUAUGCAAAUCAAGGGUUUUACAAGAAUGAAUUCUUGGGAUUAAAUUUCCCUAAUGAACAAAUUAGAGGGCCAGCCAUGAUUAGUGGUGAAGAAAUAUUGAAAAAUGUAUGGCAAGUGCAAAUGGGAUAUUCAAAAUGGGUUGAUGUUGCUAUAAUAUUUGGAAUGGUAAUACUUUAUAGGUUAAUGUUUUUGGGAAUAAUUAAAACUGUGGAGAAGGUUAAACCUAUGAUUAGAGCAUUUAUGGCUCAUUCUUCUAAAAAUCCAACUCAUGCUGAAGAUACAGACUCUUGAUUGUGUGUUAUUUUACAUUAUAGUAUUUUGUUGUGGAUGUAAAAUGUGUAACAAAGUUUAUCAUUAUGAAUUAAGACCAAUGUUUGGUUGGUCAUUUAAUUCUAUUUACCUCCUUUUGUGAGUAUAUUAAUUAAAAGUUUGAAUAAUAUGUUUUCAAGGUU